AUGCGUUUCACAGGAAUUUUAACACUGGUUUUUCUAGCCGACAGUAUAUAUGGAACUGAACUGCAAGAUAACAAGAAAGUUGGUAUCCUAAACCCCAGUCAAACCUCCGUACAUGACCUCAUUGACGACCUCCUGAUUCGAUUGGGAACAAACAUCAGUAUCACUUAUAUCAACACAACCGUCAGGGGCGAUAAUCUUGAUCAAUACCAAAACGCAGACGAAAUCGUAAAGACACUCAAGAUAUCAGCUUUAAUUGGACAUUUUAGUGAAACGUUUGCUGUAGCAACAGAACAUAACCGGAUACCGUAUUUUGUGACAGACAUGGUACCCUGGGAUUGGGGUCAGCAUCGCUUUCUUAUCCGGAUUAUUCCUGACAUUAGUGUGUACCGAAUGGCUAUAUGUGACAUCCUAAAGUAUUUUAAUUGGCUACGAGUCGGAAUAUUAUAUGAUAACGAGGCUGCAUCGCAAGUUGUGAUUAACCUUAUAGGAGAUUAUACAGAUAGGAUCAAGGCAUUCAAUCUACGCUAUAACAGUACAAGUUCAUAUGUGAGGAACGCACUAAAAGAGCUGAGAGACAAUUACUAUGAGAAAUUCGUCAUUUUGUGCUCUUCAAGAAAUGCAGAAAUAAUUCUAACACAAGCAUUGUAUUUAAGUUUACUUUCCCGUCCAAAUACAUGGCUGGUUGUAACCAUGGGAGUGGACGACAUAGCCUUAGAUAGGUACAUAGAUUCCAGAGCGAACAUGACAUCCCUGUCUCUUAUGCUAGACACCAAUACUAGCUUUUGUGCCUUGACCGGUUCGAACUGGACAUUGAACAACGCUGUAUAUCACGACUCUUUAAAGAUUUAUCAGGCUAUGCUUGACUUUAACAACGGAUCUGGUAGAUUCCAAAUGCUCAAGACGUUACGACAGAUUACCAUUGAUGGGUGCACAGGUCAUGUGGAGUUCACAAAGGCGGGGAACAGAAAAGAGACGUUUCUUAGAAUGUCUUCUCUUGCAACUCUGAAAAAUGGCACAAGUGCUUUAUUUCAGUCAGGAACAUGGAGGAGUCUUAAGGAUACCAUGCAACAGCGGAUUGAACCGUCUAGGUCAUACGACAGCGUUAUGAGAAUGGGCGAUGACAUAUUUGGCAACGAACCACUACGAAUUACAACUAUCAUCGAGCCUCCAUUCAUCCAAUGGAAGAAUGACACUCCCCUGUCACACCCUAUAUACAACCUGAACGACCAUCUGGAGGGCUUCUGUGUCAGUGUUCUACAAGAAAUGGCGAAACUAUUGGAUUUUACGUACAAUCUGACAUUAGUACCUGAUGGCAAAUUUGGGAGUUUAAAGGCUCACGGAUGGACAGGAAUGGUCAGAGUUUUGUAUGAAAAGGAAGCCGAUAUUGCUCUUGCACCUUUCCAAAUUACACCCAAGCGGUCAAUGGCUGUGGAUUUUACUAAGCCGUUCAUGACAAAAGGUACCAGCGUUGUUGUCAAAAAACCAGACAGGAGUGUAUCACCAUUUCAGUUUUUAUCCCCUCUGUCAAAAUAUGUGUGGAUAGCAAUAUUUGUGUGUUUCGUGACUACAGCCUUAGUGCUGUUUGCGACUAGUCGUGUGAACAACGACAAAAAACCAAAAUUUAUGCACAAUAUGAGAGAAAGUUUUUGGUAUAUCUGGGGAACCAUCUUACGUGGAAAUUUGACAGGUUCACCCACUGGGAUAUCCAGUAGAAUUGUAAGUGCCGCUUGGUGGUUUUUCUCUUUAAUUAUUAUUUCUAUAUAUACUGCUAAUUUAGCUGCAUUUUUAACUAUUUCUAAUGCACAUAUACCUAUAGACUCAGCUGCUGACUUAGCAGAUCAGACAGAUUUUGACUAUGGUACUGUUGAUGGCAGUCAAAUAGAAAACUUCUUUAAACAUACAAAUAUAUCGCAUUAUGCAAAGAUGUGGGCACAUAUGCACUUGCUCUCGAAGGAAUCUAUGGUAAGAAGAGUUGAAAAUGGAUUCGAUCGAGUUCUAAGAGAGAAAUAUGCCUUCCUGUGGGACUCGCCGGUAGUGCGGCAUCAUAUUGCCAACGACUGUGGUCUAACAGAAAUAGGGAGCCCAUUCGAUUUGAAAGGAUAUGGAAUAGCUACGCAAAAGGAUUCCAUUUACACUGAAAAGCUGUCUUGGGCAACAUUAAAGCUGAAUGAUGAUGGCAUUCUAUAUCGUUUGGAAGGAAAGUGGUGGCGUCGACCAAAUUGCCCCGAUCCCCGUCAGAGUGCCAAGAGCAAAGCCAUUGAAAUCAAUGUUGCUUCCGGAAUGUUUAUUGUACUUCUUGGAGGCAUUGUCUUGUCCAUAGUUGUGUUCCUGGGAGAAUUGCUAUACUACAGGGCAAGGGCAAAAAGUAAAAAGCCCAUCGAGGAGCGUGAAGAAAACAAUUUUCACAGUUCCGGUAACCAUGUUGGAAAUAACGCUGAAACUAGCAGUAAGGACGAUGAGGUACGUACAGUUCUGUCGCGUACAUUAAGCAUUGGCGAGAACUGUGUACACAAUCGAUGGGAGUAG